UGCGCGAAAAUAGACGCAAAAAAAUCAAUGGCAGAGCUGCAUGGGCCAGACGGCAGCGAGAGACCUUGGGACCAAGCCAUUUUCCAGCGUCUAUUUACAUUUCUAUUUCCACCCCACCUGGCGACGCACGACAGGUGUUGUCGAAUGCAUCUUCACAGGGCGAACGAGCUAGCGUUGAAUAACGCACAUACACACUCCCCUUGCACGAGUGUGUGUGGGUGUGUGUACCACAGAUACAUGCGCAAAGCUAAUCAGAGGUUUUGCCAAAGAUAAGGGCCAGCGCCAAAGAGCUGCCCCGCUUUUACCCAUUCAGUUUCGGAACGCAGCUGGCUGGCUCACUGUUUCUGCUUUGGACCUGUGACUCAACCUCUCCGCGAUUGUAACACAGCCCCACAGUGCGACAAAAAAAAAAAAAAAAAAGAGCCAUCAGACCCACAGCUCUCGUCAUAGCCAUCGCAAGUCUCGCUCUCUCAACGUCUCGCGGCCUCUUGGCCAUAUAUUUGUUCGAUUUCGAUUUGAAUACGAAAAUACAGCAAUCAAAUAAGCUAAGAAAUCCAGUUGCUGACAUUUUUCGCAAUAACUGAACACCAGCCCAGUGCCAGCUCCAGGUCCAGAUUCACAGACUCCAGCUAAAUGAGCGCCAUGAGGUCGCAGGACGGUCCACAGGCAGCAUCGGGGCCGCGGCCAAAGAUCAACGCUGCCAGCUCGCUGCUCACCCAGGACGAGAACGACGCCGUCUUCAAGCUCUUGGGCAAAAAGUGUCAGACACUGAACACGGCCGUGGUGCAGAUCUACAAGACGGAGGGCAGUGCCCACGCCCACUGGAAGAAGCGCCACACCGGUGUUGUCUGCUUCGUUAAGGACAGCGCCAUCCGAUCGUAUUUUAUGCGCGCCUAUUGCCUGAUUAAGAACGAGCUAAUCUGGGAGCACGAGAUUUACGAUGACAUGGAGGUGGUCAAGUCGAGACCCUUCCUGCUCACCUUCGAGGGCAGCGACGGCCACGUUGGUCUUAACUUUGUCUCUGAGGAGGAGUGUGACUCCUUUUUCCGCAUUGUGGACGCCACCAUUGAAACGCGAAAUCGCAAGCGCCAGGAAAAGCGCAACCGUCAGAAGAGCCAACAAGCACCCAAUGUGCCGCAACAACCGGUGGCACGGGAACCCUUCCGACCGCCGCCAAUGCAGACAGGACUCUCCUCCACUGACGGUGGUCCAGUUAAGUUACGUAACAACAUGAUCAACUCGGUAACGCUGACGCCGGCGCCGACGAAAAACAGCUUCCUGUCGAGCAAGAUUGGACUGAGCAGCCACUCCAAGGACAAGAAGCGCAAAGUGACCAAAGCAGACAUCAGCCAGCCGACGGACUUUAAACAUGUCAGCCACGUCGGUUGGGACGCGGACAAGGGCUUCGAUCUGUCUGGCAACGAAAACGAUGAGGUUCUCAAUGAGUUCUUCCUCAAGGCAGGUGUUUCCGAGCUGCAGUUGAAGGAUCGGGACACCCGUGCCUUUAUCUAUGACUUCAUACAGAGCAACAAUGUAUUGGCGUCGGUGAAGCAGGACAGUGUAGAGUCACCCACAGAAACAACGCGGCACAUGCCGCCCCCGGUGCCAAGUCGCCAGCAUCAUCAGUCGCAGAAUGGCAACCAAAGAACUGCGCCACCGCCACCGCCGGCGAGGCAGCCACCGCCUCCUGUGCCUACCACAGUCCCGGGAGCCUCGCGCGCUCCUCCACCACCCAGUAGACCUCCACCUAUCAGCAUCAACACCGCACCACCACCGCCGCCAGUCUGUGCGCCCGCUGUAGCACCACCACCUCCACCACCGCCACCACCAGCAGCAGCGCCGCCACCACCACCCCCGCCCAUGCCAGUUGGAGAGAUACCCGUCAUCACGACCACACACGCUCCCAUCCAAGCGGCCAGACCACCUCCAGUGGCAGCUGCUCCAGAUCCACGCAACGCUCUAAUGGAUGCCAUUCGAAAGGGAACAACCUUAAAGAAAGUGGACACUGCUGCACUUAGCACCGGUAGCGGCGACUCUCGCAGCGAUCUGAUGUCGGAAAUUCGCCAGGGCUUCGAACUCAGACCGGCGGCCGAACGCGAGCUUGGCAGUCAGCGGAACAGCGAAAGUACCGGCGGCACAGACGCCUUGGCCGAUGCACUGCGUCGGGCACUGGCAGCGCGCGGAAAUGCAAUGCAUUCGGACGACGAUGAGUCUACGGGGUCCUCGGACAACGACGGCGAGUGGGACUAAGCGAGUAGGCGGGGGGAAGGACAGUCGGACACGAUGCGGGAGCAGUAACAAUUCCAAAUAUAAGCAAUAAUUUAGUUUGUGCUUUGGCAUUUCGGUUUAUCGUUCGAUAAAUCCCUGUAAAUACUGUUAGUGAAUUUUCAUACCUCUUUAAUUUAAUUGUACGAGUUUAACGAUUCUAAAAAGUACUAACGGAUAAACAAAUACUUAUUAAUUUUAUCAGAACUCGCCCGCUUUCGUUUGUUUCGACUCCAAUUUGCAUAUCCAUAAGCUGCUCAAUUAAAUAUGAACGCGACUAUAUGUGUUACUUGAACAACAUGUGAAUGAGAAAAUUUCAGACCCUGUUCAGACUACAGUGCCAAAAACUUGACAACACCAAAAUCCAAAACGAGUUUGUGAGUGUAUCAAAAGAGAACCCUCUCGGGGGGGAACUGAGAAAAACAUUAAACUGAGCGAUAAAAUAUUAUAAAAUAGCUAAAUACAUAUAUAUAUUUUAUAAAAGUAUAACAAAUGAGAAUAUCCAGACAAGAUCACUGCGCCUACAUUUAAUAUUGGCUGCAGCUGAAAGUUGUUCAAUUAUAAAAGUUUAAUCCACUCAAUUUGAAAGAAAUUAAUAAUCAUUCAUUCAAUUUAAACAAUAUUUGCUCAGUAAUUAAUUAAUUCAUUAAUUUUUGAUACAAUAAUUAACAAAUAAAAUCAAACAUAGGCGAUGUAUUCAAAUAAUCCAGACCACUGCUUCCACACGAUGGGCCACGAUGGGCCCACUUGAGCUGUCAAAUACAUCUAUCUGGUUACGCCCAAUCAAUUAAUGACCUAGUAACUCAUAAGUAUUUUCUUUUUAGUUAGAUUGCAUUUAAUGCAAAAUUGUAGUCAUUUUUCUUCUGUGUGUAUGUAUUUAAUUGAACUUUACUUAUAUGUAUGUAGGUAUGAUUCUUGAUGACUUGUCGGAAUUAAUAAACCCAAUAAGCAUGUCAGCGGGAGAAUUAUUUAUGUGGAUCAGAAUUUGGAUAUAAAUGUACGCAUGUCUAACGAGUUUUGUGCGAUUUAUGUAUUUAAAUACAUAAUACUUACAUAUUCUAUUGUAUAAGCCAUUAAUUUAUGUAAUAAAGUUGUGUAUAUCUAACUUAAAA